GGUGGCUUUGCCAAGCUGGAUUUAUGGCGAGAACGUUACGAUACUGGAAUUGGUAGUGACAGGGACGUAGACAUGCAGCUUAUCUUUGCAGCAGAAGCGAAAGCGUCAUCGAUUGCUCAGAAUUGGCGUACUUUUCAGCGAAGACCAAGCAGCCAAGAUGAUCCAUGGUUUUUUGCGAUGCUGUCGUUCGCUCAUUCUUCAAAAACUCACGUCAAGCUACAGCAACCGCGCCAUUCGAUAAUGACUGUUGUUCAAGGCGUCAAUAUGGCAGUUAUCGCCAGCGCAGCCCACUGCACCAAAGCUGAAGGCAAGAUGACCAAUUUGCCUGCCACAUACCGCGCUUAUCAAUACAAGAGCUAUGGUGCUCCAGGUACCGAACUCUUUCUCUCCAAGGACGUCCCGAUGACUCCGCUCGAGCCCACGCAGCUUCGCAUUAAGAUCCACAGUGCGGCACUCAACCCCGCUGACCAGAAGAUCAUGCAAGACUUCGGACGUGCCGUCACCGGACGUCAACCCUCCGCUGACAAACCCUUUGGCAUGGGGUUCGACGUCGCCGGGAUCGUCGUCGAGACCGGUGCCGAUACGCAUCAGUUCAAGGUGGGCGACGCCGUCUUCGCCAUGGCGCCGUACUCCAAUUUCGGCACGUUCGCCGAGUUUGUAGCGGUCGACGAGCAGUUCGUGGCACACAAGCCCUCCAUCAUCACCUUCGAGGAGGCCGCCAGCAUCCCGUACGCCACGCUCACCAGCUAUCAGGCGCUGUGUGAGCACGCCAACCUUAAGGCGGGUGAGCGCGUGCUCAUCCUGGGUGGAUCCACCGGGACGGGCAUGGCAGCCAUCCAGUUAGCACGUGCCAUGGGUGCGCACGUGAUUGCCACGGUCAGAGGCUGUGAGGACUACCUUGUCGUGCAGUCACUCGGCGCUGAAAAAGUCAUCGACACGUCCAAACAGAGCUGGGUCGACGUCGUGGACGAGCACUCUAUCGACGUGGUAUACGACUGCGGCGUGGAGCACAAGGCGUGGAACCGCGAUGCCCAGGUCGUGCUCAAGAAGGACACGGGGCGGUUUGUGACCAUCAACCCCAUGAUGCAGCCCCGUCCAGCCAAGUUCGGCGCCAAGUGCAUUGGCGAGAUCAUGGUGCACGCGAGCGGUGCGCAGUUGCAGGAACUGUCAGGCUUUGUGUUUUCGGGUGCGCUGAAGCCCGUGAUCGACUCGGUGUACGCGUUCGACCAGCUUCUGCCGGCGUUGGAAAAACUGAAGACGAAGAACGUGUGUGGCAAGAUUGUGCUUCGCAUAGGGCACUAGAUCCCUUUCGGUGGCGUGUAUAUCUACAUUAUCUUUGAUACGAAUUGUCUCUCUAAACAUAAGCUAUUCCACUUUACUCCUUGGCCACCUCAAUGAUGAUCUUGCCCUUCGCGCGGUGUGACAUACAGAUCUUCAUGGCCUCCACCAGGUUCUCCAACGGGUGCACCGAGUCAAUGACGGUCUUCACCUGGCCAGCUUCGAUCAACUUCUUGAGCUCCAGUAGAUACUCCGUGCAAGGUGCGUUGAAGAUCUGGUUCUGCGUGGCACCGAUAGGAGACUCGAUCGGCAUGUCGAUCACGCCGAUCGUCACGAAGAUACCGGUCUGUUCCUUGAGCACCUUCUGUGCGGCGUCAUUCCACGACUGGGACUCCACGCCACAGUCGUAGAUGAGGUCCACCGAGUGUUCGGCCAGCACCUCACUCCACUUGGCACUCAUGUAGUCGAUGACUUGGUCGGCACCCAGCGACUUGACGAGCUCCACAUUGCGGUGACUGCAUGUAGCCACGACCUCCGCGCCAAGCGCCUUGGCGAUCUGGAUGGCGAACAGACCCGUGCCGCUGCUGCCACCCAAGAUGAGCACACGCUGACCCUUCUGCAGUUUGCCGUACGUCACCAGCGCCUGCCAGCUCGUCUGGCCCGCCAAUGGCACACCUGCGGCCUCGUUGAACGUCAUGUUGCUCGGCUUGUGCGCCACGCGCUUCGUGUCCACGUUGAUGUACUCGGCGAAUGUUCCGGUGGCAUCGAACCACGGCAUGGCGAACACCUCGUCGCCCACCUUGUAGUCCUUCACGUCACUGCCGACUUCCACGACCUUGCCAGACAGGUCGUGGCCCACGCGGUACGGGUGUUCGGGUGACGCCAUGGUGGACAGGAUCAUGGACGCGUAAAGUCCGAUCUUGUAGUCGAUAGGGUUGAGCGACGCACUGAAGAUCUUGAUCUUCACCUCGUUGGGCUGCACGGGCUUCUGCUCGGCGGCCGGGUUAAACUUGAUCUGCUCAAGGAAGUCACCGAAGUGCUGGUACUCGUAGGCCUUGAAGGUAGCGGGGAUGGCAGCCAUGGUUGGUGAUUGCUUGGAUGCGGAUUGUUGCGGUUGGUGUCGAGAACUCGGUUUGGAGAAUGAACAUUGUGGUGCACGUACAUGUACGACUCUUCUGUAGGUUUCCCGUCAUCUGCGACGGAGAUUGCGCGCACUUAUAGGUUGACGCAGCAACCUAUGUUUUCAUCAUCACCUAGAAAAUCCAGAUACAGAAUCCUAUUUCUUCAAACAAAAAAAAAGACAUGUGUUUUCUUACUGUAAAAACAAUAGUGAAUCCUA